AUGUAUCUGGGCCAUAUUGCCAAUCUCGGAAUUAGAUUGCAUUGCUAAAUUCCGGGCUCAGGUACCCGGAAUCACACGAUGUUGCGACAGACAUAUAUGAUUCAUUUUCAGCACUUGAAUACCUCUCACAGCUCAUUCACAUCUUUUUUCUCUUCUAUUGUGGUGUUAUUUCCGGUCUCUCCUUCCUCAUGUCAUCGACCGAAAAGUCUCCCGAGGGACUCAGCCAUGACAAUACUUCGACUGAAGAAGCUCUGGAGCAAGACAAACAUGAAUCUGCAGUUGAAGAGCCAAUAGAGGAUGAGUCGCAAUAUAUAACUGGGUUCAGACUUGCCUUGAUGCUUGUUGCACUGUGUAUGGCUGUACUUUUGGUCGGAUUAGACAAUGCGAUUCUAGCUACAGCAAUUCCUACAAUCACUACGAAAUUCAACUCUCUUGAUGAUGUGGGCUGGUAUGGAAGUGCUUUCCUGAUCUGCGUCUGCGCGCUACAGCCACUUUCUGGCAAACUCUUCCAAUACUUCUCCCUAAAAUGGACAUAUCUCGCCUUCGUGUUUGUGUUCGAGCUUGGUAGCUUACUCUGUGCGACGGCUGUGUCUUCGAAGAUGCUCAUUGUUGGACGAGCUGUCGCUGGGAUGGGAGCAGCUGGGCUCUUCUCUGGCGGUCUGAUAAUCCUGGGACAUUCAAUUACUCCUCGUGAACGUCCUCUAUAUACAGGUCUCAUUGCUUCGAUGUUCGGUAUCUCAAGCAUAUUCGGUCCAAUCUUGGGAGGGGUGUUCACACAACGUCUCUCUUGGAGGUGGUGCUUCUACAUUAAUCUUCCACUUGGAGCCGUGACACUUUUCGUCAUCCUCCUAGUCUUCCGCCCUGCCGAACGGCCAGAAACGAAACUUCCCUUUCGAGAAAAGAUGUCACAUCUCGACCUUCCCGGCCUUAUGCUCUUUAUCCCCGCCGUGGUCAUGCUCCUGCUUGCCGUCCAAUGGGGUGGAAACAAAUACGCAUGGAAAUCAAGCACCAUCAUUGGACUCUUCGUCGGCUUUGGUCUCACCAUAAUUCUUUUCGCUGCAUGGCAAUGGCGACAACAAGACGAAGCUUCCAUUCCACCCAGAAUCAUUGGACAAAGAAGCAUACUCAGUGCUAUGGCGAUUGUCUUUCUUGGAAUGGGAAGUGUACAACUCAUCUCUUAUUACCUUCCCAUGUACUUUCAAGUCAUCAAGGGAGCGAGUCCAGUGCAUAGCGGUAUCAGAUUCUUACCUACUGUACUAGCUAAUUUCACUAGCUCCAUCUUGACUGGCGGUCUGGUUACCAAAUUCGGGCAUUUUAACCCUUGGCUCUUCUUCGGUACAGGCUUGACAGCCAUCGGCUCUGGCAUUUUCUCAACUUUCAAAGUCGACACUGGAAACUCUAUGAUCAACGGAAUUCAGGUCCUCGCUGGAUUUGGAGCUUCCUGCGUGAUUCAGAUGCCUUUGAUCGGUCUAAUGACGCUCCUUCCUGCCCACGACCUCACAACCGCGACCUCGAUCGUCGUAUUCUUCCAAUUCCUAGGAGGAGCAAUCUUCCUCGCCAUUGCAGAAAAUAUAUUCGUUUCCCGUCUCGUUUCUUCCUUGCACGAAUACACACCUUCCCUUGAUGCACAAGCUGUGGUUAAUGUGGGGGCGGAGGGUUUGAGGAAGUUGUUGAGUGACGAUGGACAGCUGGGGCAAUUGGCAGGUGCGUUGCUGGCGUAUGAUGAGGCUAUUACGAGGACGUUCUUGUUGGGGGCUGCUGGGGCGUCGGUUGCUUUUGUGGCGAGUGCGGGGAUGGAGUGGAAGAGCUUCAAGAAAUGAAGACACGGGCAAGAAGGAAGCUUGGAACCGGGUCAUGGAAUCUCUGCUCUUGUGGUGGUCGUGUAAUGGUAGCCAUGGCUUGGGACAAUCCCAUCACAUUGGAUAGAUCGCACUCAUGACAUAAAAAUCACAAGUCCAAGCAAAGUGGUAAGUAAGCUCGUACAUACCAACCACUCAAAUACUAGUCUUCUCGUCGGGAGACCACUUGCGAGUCACCGCAUGUCACACCAACCAUUGUCAACU